AUGCUGUUUAUGGGUUAAUGGCUGUAGCUUUCAGUCUGGGCGGGUAGCAGUGGUCUGGAUUUCUUUUUGCCUGCUGAUAGGUCGCACUAAACAUUGGCUUAAUUAUUAAUGGGAAAUGAAUUACAAAUUGAAAAGAUAGACAGUUAGUCUUGUCUUUGGUGCAGUUUGUGAGAAUCUGCUUGUUUGAGGAUGGUUAUUACUGCAUGGUGACAGUAUUGGUGGCACUUCUUGUAAAUGGAGUACGGAUUUGAGAACUUUAGCAUGGAUUAGAUUGGCAUUGAUCGUAUUAUGGUGGACAACCACUUGCGUGAUUCAGUCCACUUUGAGUUUUUGGCAAUGGAUUUAAAGUAUGAGCAAAAGAGCCUAACUGGAAGUACUUUUAAGGGCAGUAGUUUCUGCUGGGUGGGGGGUUGGUCAUGGAGGUGGUGUGACGGUUUGUAAUUUGAUUCCUACUUUCACUCUUUUCUUAACGGUAUUCUAUAACUGACUUCGGCCGUCAUGAGAAAACGUACUGCAUACUCAGGGUCACGCCCCCAGCUCCACAACAAGCCCCGUGAUUGGUUGGUUCUCUCGGGAGUGAGUCAACUUCCUUGUCUUAAGUCAUGCUCUUAUUGGCUGCCUCAGACUGCCUUUGUGUCGAUGCCUUCCGCUUGCUCCCGGGCGUGCUCGGACACAAACACACACUCGCAUACACACAAGCGCGCGCAUGCACAAACACAGACGUAAACCCCGCGGCGAAAGACCAUGUAUAUCCUUCUCUUUUAACUCAAGUAGGACCGGAGUCUGUUUAUCCUUUUCAUGGCCACUUAAUGGUAAAAUAUUCGGAAAAGCUGCAAGUAUUGCCAGAGUUUGGAAGAAAGAAGUAAAGAGAAACCCUUUUUGGUUUUGUUAGAUGUAGACUGCUGCGUUUUUUUUUUUUUUUCCCUUCCCUCUUUGUUUUGAAAAAGGCAUCUUCCGGUUGUUUGGCUCUUUGUAGCUGGCUGCUGUCGGGUUGCAAGUAAUAAGCCGGUGUUUCCAAUUUGCCGGUCCAGUCCAGACACCAUGGCCUCUCCCAUUUCCAAACAUGGAAGCACAUCCUCUGCGGUCCAGGCGUCAGUGCCCAACAGGAUGAUGGCUGUCCAAGGAGCCACCGAUCAUCUGGAGAAGUUCCUGGAUAUACCAAAGUGUCUCAUUGUGGAGCAGCCCAAAGAGCGGGGCAUGCGCUUCCGCUACGAGUGCGAGGGGAGGUCGGCUGGCAGCAUCCUGGGGGCCGGUAGCACGGAAGCUAACAAGUCCCUCCCAGCGAUUGAGAUCCGGGGCAGCUUGAGGCAAGUGAAGAAGGCGAAGGUCAUCGUGUCGCUGGUGACUAAAGAUAUCCCUCACCGGCCACAUCCCCAUAGUCUCGUGGGUAAAGACUGCAACGAUGGCAUCUGCGUCGUCAACCUCAACCUUCGCACCCACCCAAAGCACAGCUUCGCCAAUUUGGGGAUCCAGUGUGUGAGGCGGAAGGAACUGGAUGCUGCCCUGGAGAGACGAAGGAAACAGAAGAUUGACCCGUUUAAUACUGACCACUCAAAGAGCAUAGAAGACAUCGACAUGAACGUGGUGAGGCUCUGCUUCCAGUGCGAGCUGGAGAAGGAGGAUGGCGAGAAGAUGCAGCUCAGUCCCGUGGUGUCCAACCCCAUCUACGACAAGAAAGCAACCACCACUUCGGAGCUGAAGAUCAACCGUCUGAAUGUGGUACAAGGGUCUUGCACCGGCAAGACAGAGAUAUACCUUUUGUGCGACAAGGUGCAGAAAGAUGACAUUGAGAUCAUCUUCAGUCGGGACAAAUGGGAGGCCAAGGCAGAGUUUGCACAGACGGACGUCCACCGGCAGAUUGCCAUCGUCUUCAAGUCUCCACCCUACCAAGAACGUGACAUCACAGAAGAGGUGGAAGUAGAUGUCUGCUUGCGUCGACUCUCUGACCACAUGAGCAGUGAACCUGUCAAGUUCACCUACCUUCCACACAACCCAGACCCAUAUGAAGUGAACCGGAAGAGGAAAAUAAAACCAGAUAUCAGUUUUAAGGAUGGCUGCCGUGUUGCAACUCAACACCAGGCAAUACCUGAACCAACCAACUGCCAGUUUAGCUUCCCUUUCCUUGCCACUGAGCCCAGCUACCCAGUAGCAGACCUUAUUGGGGCAUCUACCAGUCAGUCGUCGCAAGAUUUGAAAGAUACCCAUUACAGCCCCUCCCUGGACUUAAAACGGGAGGAUAUUAGCGCGGAAGAUUUUCAGAAUAUCUUAAGGAUGAUCUCCAGCAUGGAUGACAGUGGAGCCAUGAUGCCCUCAGUGGCCAUGACCCCCGGCUGCCAGUCCCAACAGCUUCAGCAGCAGCACAUGUUCCCCGACGUGGGGCAUCAAACCGAGCCCAUACCGUUGGACCUGGAAAACAUGAACUUGCUGAACAUGGACCAGAAUUUCAUGGAGAACCAGCUGGACCCGGAUUACUAUAAUGACGUGUACAUGUACAGUCAGACCCGCAGCCAGCAGGCUUUCCUGCCGGACCUGGUCGGGUCCAGCUCGCAGGCCCUCUGCGCAUUUGACAAUGAUGGCAUUAACUGUGUCAAAGCGGAGACACAUACAGAUCUGUGAAGGAUAUGAAGUCAGCACCUUCAGGCUAUGACAUAUUGUAUAGGUUCUGAACAUUGCUAUCAUCAUUCCAGUUAUUUCUAAUGCUUAAAAUAUUAGCAAGAAGGUUAUAACAUAAUAAUACUGAUGGAAAAUGAUUUGCCUUUAUUGAGAACUCAUGGGGGUGAAGGGGAAUUUCCACACCCGCGUAUCGUCCCUCCUUGUCUAUGUCAGUCCAUUCAGGUCCAGGCCUUUUGCUUUGAUGUGACUGUCGGAGAUGUUUCCUGGUUCACUGAAGACACAACUAAGGUCCAGGAGAAAACAAGGGACCCAAUCAACGGGACAAAUAUCGCUGAGUACAGUGGCGAGCUGCAUGCUACUGUAGAGAGUUUUCUUGUCGUUGGGGACCUGGACGUGUUAAUGCGAACGUGCAAACCAUUUGGUAGGACAGUUGUGUUCGCAUUACAGUUAGAUACAGGUCACCUUAUGAUAAUGAAUUUGAAUCCUCAAGGUGGCCAAAUCUGAUAUAAGCGAAAAAAAUCGGAAUUGGGCAGUGAGGUGUGUAAUGUGAAAGCAGCCAAUCAAAACGUUAGUGGCAGAUCAGACAAACUGUCGACUCGCUAAUGUGUUCGUUACAGAUAGUAACCUUACAUGCUUUGUCUUCAACUUUAGAAAUUAGGCACUAGUUUUGCAUUGCACUUCAUGUAUAGGUAUUUGUAAAGGUUGUUAAUAUAUGUAUUAAGUGUGAUCUGUGAUGUAUUUUCGUGGUCUGCUGCCCAGCUGUUCCCCAGGGACAGUUGGCUAUGUCCUGUUCAUUUUCUGUAAUUAAAUAAACAUGUCAAUAAUAA